AUGAGCUCAACAUUUUCCUCUGGUGUUUCGAUUCAAGACUUCAGCUCGUCCAUGGGGAGCCCAUUCUCUCCUGCACCAAGUGACAGCGCGUACGACGAGCCAAUGCAGGCGCAGAACGAACAGAUCGAGAUGUUCAUAAAUCUUUUGGCUCCCAGUAACCCCACUCAACGGGAAGAUCUCAGCAUGAUUUUGACUCAACACGAUUACAAGGGCAGGAAGUUGACUUGGAAGCAAGUCAAGUCUUUCUUUGCAAUCAGCAAGGAAGAUCCUCGCUUUACGUGCGGGAUCGUUCCCAGCACCAUAUUCAGACGCAUCUUGGGAUUCAGCCUUGGGAAUGUAGAGUGCACGACAAAUGCCGUGAGAGGAAAAGGGUCUUCAGUUCCAAAGCGGGUCGUGAUACUCACGAAAAAGGGGAGGAAAAAACCCCUUGCGGAUGCAUUAUGA